AUGGAGACCACGUCCACCGCAGCGGCACCAAAAGAUGUUCAGAUCGACAUUGAUGACCUCGAGUUGCAGGCUCAGGGUUAUACCCGGGCUAUGCCUCGACGAUUCUCCCUCCUCUCCCUCAUAUCGAUGUCUUAUGCCCUACUCGCAACCUGGAAUGGAUUCGGCAGUGCUUUCGGCACCGGCUUCAUUGAGGCAUCUUCGGCCGGUUCCAUUUGGACCCUCACCGUCGCUGCGGCCAUGACUGCAGUCACAGGAAUUGGCAUGGCCGAGCUGUCUAGCGCUUUUCCUGUGGCAGGCGCCCAAUAUUACUGGUCCUUUGUGGUUUCCACGCCCGAAUGGGGCCCGUUUGCCUCAUACAUUUCUGCGGGAAUCAGCACCUUGGGAUGGUGGUUGGGUCUUGCCAGCGUGACAAACUUCAUUGCAGCAAUGAUUACUGGGAUUGCUGUCCUCAACCAUCCAGGCUAUGUCAUUGAAAGAUGGCAUAUCUGGUUAGUUUUUGUGGUGGUGACGUGGUGCGCCGUCGCGAUGAACGUCUUCGCGACAAAGUGGCUUCCCAUGUGGAACAAGUUUAUCUUGUACUUCUCAGCGACUGCACUUUCAGUAACAAUGAUCACCAUCUUGGCGUGUGCAGCACCAAAUUUUCAGUCCGCCAAAUUUGUCUUCAGUGACACGACCAAUUCAACAGGUUGGCCGAACGACGGGCUAGCCUUCCUAUUUGGGAUAGUGAAUGCUCUAUAUGGCUUCCUGGGAGUCGAUUGCGGAGCGCAUUUAUGUGAAGAAAUCCCAAAUCCGACGGUUAACGUGCCGAAAGUCAUUAUGUAUCCGGUUGCAAUGGGAUUUAUCACUGCCUUCCCAUAUGCGAUCUCACUGUCAUUUGUGAUUACAGACUUUGACACUGUUAUUUCGACCCCCACUGGCCUUCCUUUGAUCGAAGUCUACUAUCAAGCUACUGGUAGCAAAGCCGGCACCUCAGUCCUCAUGGUGGCAUUCGCGAUUUGCUUUUUCGGCUGUGCUACUGCAAAUGUCACCAGCGCAAGUCGACAAAUGUGGUCAGCAUCCAGAGACAACUGCUUCCCUCUGUCAAGGUACUGGAAACAGGUCCACCCCCGGUGGCAGAUGCCAUUAAAUGCAGCAUGCCUGCAAGGAACUCUGGUCUCGCUGUACGGCCUGAUCUUUUUAGGUUCCUCGGCUGCAUUUUCUUCCAUGGUUGGGGCAUGCAUCGUCUUCAUGACCACAUCAUACGUGAUUCCUCAAGGGAUUCUGGCCUGGCGUGGACGUGAUAAGAUUCUCCCACCAAGAGCACUGGAUCUUGGAAAGUAUGGUCUUCCACUUAAUGUACUCGCUUGUGUCUGGGUGGUCUUCAUCGACAUCAUCUACUGUAUUCCUGUUUCCUACCCCGUUACACUCGAGAACAUGAAUUGGAUCAGCGUGGUGACGGUCGGCCUGGUUUCGUUUCUUCUAGUUGCCUGGUUUGUAAACCAGAGACACGUCUUCAAAGGGCCGAAGAUCAACUUUGAACUUCUUCAGGCUGCUCGACAUGAUGAGCUGCUCGGCCACCGAACGAUUGAUGGGGUUGCCGUUGGUGACGAUAACGCCGUCAUUGAAGCACUUCGACGGCGCUCGCUAAAUGAAACCAAGAAGGUAUAG